AUGGCUGCCUUCACGGGAGGGGAGGUCUACAAGGCAGAGUUCGAGCCCACAGCGUACCUGGAAUACUUCAAGUUUGGAGAAGGCACCUUGGGGGAUGAGCUCCUCACAUUUGUCCUGAAACACUACUGCAAAACCUUCACUUCUGUAUUUCUUCCCAGGGAAAAGUGGGCUGAGAAGGAAGAGAAACUGAGGAAGAAAGUGAAGCAGGUUCUGAAGUGCGAUGUGAGGAAGCCCAGCCCUCUGGCCCCCGGGACGCUGCCCGCGGCCAAGUGCCUGCUCCCCACGCUGUGCUUGGAAGCUGCCUGCAAAGACCUGGGCACCUUUCGUGCUGCCCUGAAGAACAGCAGCUCCCUGCUAAAGCCAGGGGGAUCCCUGGUAAUGGUGACCGUGUUGAAAGAAACCUGCUACGUGGUUGACCAGCGCAGCUUCUCCUGCCUGGACCUGGACCAGGAGUCAGUGGAAGAAGCCAUUAAAGAUGCUGUGUUUGAUAUCAGGUCCAUCAAGGAGAUUCAGGAACAUUCCCCAAACACCUUUGCAGACUUUGGAGCCUUGCUCCACGUGGUUGCACGCAAGCGGGGCCCUAAACCAGCACAAUGA